AUGGAAUGCAUCGAUUGUGAACCUAGAGAUAAGGCGAUCAAAACAGGAGCCCAAGACAGCGAUGCGUGGCUGUACACCGACUUCUUAUCCCUCCGCUCCCUUUUCCGCUGUUGCGAGCCUGCAAGGAUUCAGACGGGACCAGCACAUGACAGAUCGAGAGACGAUCCUCCUCAAGAAGACAUUGAACUCGCUGAUCAGCCCAGACACAAUAAGACCACUCACGCAAGCUUCCGCUUCCUCUGCGAGGUUGACAGAACCAAGGCCAGCUACGACCACAGAGCCCAGACCCCCUUCGCCGUCGGCCUCAAGAAAAGCCCCGAUGGCGAGCCCAUGCUGCUCGUCGCCAACAAGCCCUUCGAGAAGCUCUUCGGUCAAGUGCCGGACGCAGGCCUCCCGCUCAGGCAGCUGCUGGGCCCGGCCACCAAGGCAGCGGACCGUGACAGACUGCUGGAGGGCAUCCGCGGAGAGGGAAGGAGCGAGGCAGGGAGCAUGCUGCUGUACGGCAAGAGCCAGCAGGCGGGGAGGAAGGCGCUACCGGUCGAGGCGACGAUAGAGGUGCGGAGCCUCAAGGACACCAAGGGGUACAGGACGUACUUUGGGAUGCGGUUGAAGAAUGUUCAAGUCAGGGAUCUUUUCUAUGUGCGAUACUGUCAAACAUCAAACGAGUGGCUAGAGCACGACCUCAAGUACAAGCUUCACAAAGCGUCAAUGGAAGAUAAAGUUGAAAGAACAGUCGGCCUUGCGUCCCGGAUGCUCAUGAAGCACGUGCGGGACGACAUCAAGGAGAAGAAGGAGCGCCUGGCGUUCGACCCAUACAUGCAAGUUGACUCUGCAAAGGAUGUCCAGGUAAAAUCCCAAAAGGGGAAACGCACAGUCGACAUCAGAGGUCAACUUCACCUGGUCAAGGACGUCAAGCAUGGCGUCAGAGGCGACGGGGUACUCAGAAGGUGCGGUUUAGAAAGCUUCGGGAUCAAGGAUACGGUUGCGUCGACAACAAGCAUGGUAAACCUGGACCAGAAGAGCCAGGAGUGGGUCGCGGAGCAUCACGAGCUUUUCAACCCCAUCCGGGAGCGAGGGUCGUACUCGGUGGAGGUAGUACCGGGGGGGCUGCAGGUACCGGUCAAGAUGCCGGAGAAGUAUGAACCUGAAGGUUGUCUUAUUUUGUUUUGA